AGAUCAGUACCAAAUAUGACAACUUUCAGUUGUCUUCAACAUAUUCAAGCCAAAUCUAAUUAUGUACUUUUGUAUUUAUUUAUUUUUCAGGCAAAACGUCUCAUCACUAAUGAGUUUGCUGCAAUUAAAGUCAUCAAGUUGGAGCCAGGUGAUGACUUUACCAUCAUUCAGCAAGAGAUAUUGAUGAUGAAGGAUUGCCGGCAUCCAAACAUAGUGGCCUAUUUUGGGAGUUACCUUCGCCGAGACAAACUCUGGAUAUGUAUGGAGUUUUGUGGAGGUGGAUCUUUGCAAGAUAUAUAUCACAUCAUUGGCCCUCUACAAGAACGACAAAUUGGAUACAUGUGUAGAGAAACACUCAGGGGGUUAGAAUAUCUUCAUCGCAUGGGAAAAAUGCAUAGAGACAUAAAGGGAGCAAACAUUUUGUUGACGGAGAAUGGGGACGUGAAGCUUGCAGAUUUUGGUGUAUCUGCUCAAAUUACUGCUACAAUUAGCAAGAGGAAAUCCUUUAUUGGCACACCAUACUGGAUGGCUCCUGAGGUUGCAGCAGUAGAAAGAAAAGGUGGUUAUAAUCAGCUAUGUGACAUUUGGGCAGUUGGAAUAACAGCCAUUGAGUUGGCAGAGCUUCAGCCACCUAUGUUCGAUCUACAUCCUAUGCGAGCGCUUUUUCUCAUGUCUAAAAGUGGGUUCAAGCCUCCAACCCUAAAAGAUAAAUCCAAGUGGACUCAAAAUUUUCAUCAUUUUGUAAAGCUGGCUUUAACAAAAAACCCCAAGAGAAGGCCAACAGCCGAUAAAUUACUUCUACAUCCUUUUGUAGCUGCAGAUCUUCCCAAAUGGUUGGCAGUGGAGUUGUUACAAAAGGCUCACAAUCCUCAGCAUUCAUUCCCACCUGAGCUGGAGAUGGAUGAAGAAGGAGCUGUUACUAAUGUUCCUCAGAGAAUAACCUCAAGAACACCAACGCGACCCAAACAAAGAACCAAGUCAGAACUACACAUGGAGUCGGUGAACUUUGAGCCUCCACUAGUCACAGAGUUGAAUGCUGAGCCACCACCUGCUAGAUACCCAGCUCCAGGUCAGCCAUGGGAUUCUGCUAUGGAGGAAGGAGAGGUGUGUUUGGACAAUCAUGAUGUUGCAGAGUCUUGGAUGGAGAAUGACCCAGAUAGUGAAGUCAAAACAAAGCACAAAAUGGUGAUUGUCCAUUGUCCCAGCUACACUGUGGCGACAUUUGAAUCUUUCUUCUUGUUCAGGUCUGCUGCUUCAGCUUUUUUUUUUUUUUUAUGUAGAAUGACUUUAUUCCAGACAAGUUUUCAUCACAGUAUAAAAAUAAGUCACAUGGUGUCAAGAUUUGAUUUUCUAAAGAACGUUAAAGACUUGCAUGUCCUCCCUGUCUUUUCACUUCCCCACCAGUUCUAUCAUGCGGUGACUUGCCAUGACUAGUGCCAAAAAAACUCCACUCUGCAGCUAUACAAAAAUCUUUUUUGUGAAAUUUUUUUAAUUCUUUUUUGUGAAAUUCCUGCAAUUCUUAUACUGUGCUGGUGACCCAUCACUGAAGUAAUAAAUAUAAUUGAUCUUCACAACAAGUUGCUUCAGAUAUUCAGUUAGGUGGGCCAAAUAUAUAUACACCUACCAUCCGACUUACGACCUGCUCGACUUAUGACCACUCGACUUACGACCGUGUUUUUUAUGCCAAAUUUCUAGGAAAUAAACAACUAUUUGUGUUGUACAUAGUGUUUAUCCUAAACUGUACAGUAUAAAAUACAGUACUGACAGCAUAAAAAGUAAAGUAAAACAUGAAAUACCAAAAUAAAACAAUAAAAUAAUGUCAUUACAAAAAUGUUUUGUUGAUAUUCAGUAGUCAAGUUCGACUUAGGACCGGUUUCUCGGAACCAAACUCGGUCGUAAGUCGGAUGGUAGGUGUACAUUAGGACCCCCAUAGGAAUGCUGGUGUCUUUUUCUUUCUGUCCCAUAAACACACAAGAACACAGUUACAUCUUUUGCUACUUCUACUUACACUUAGGUACACUACAUAUACAUAUUAUAUGCAUAUGUACGUAUACACACCAAUCUGAAUUUUCGCCUAUUUUUUAAAUAGUUCUUGCUUUUGUAUUUCCUUUCAUCUCCAUGGGGAAGUGGAAAAGAAUCUUUCCUCUAAGCCAUGCAUGUUGUAGGAGACAACUUAAAUGCCAGGAGCAAUGGGCUAGUAACCCCUUCUGUAUAAAUUACUAAAAAAAUGACAAGAAAAACUUUUUAAAACUGGGAUGUUUGAAUGAGUGUGGAUGUAGUGCAGAUGAUAAAAAGAUGAUUGCCAGUGUUAUGAAUGAAAAGAAGUUGGAUGUCCUAGCUCUAAGCGAAACAAAGCUGUAUGGGGGUAGGGGAGUUUCAGUGGGGCAAAAUAAAUGGGAUUAAGUCAGGAGUAUCUGAGAGAGUUAGGGCCAAGGAAGGGCUAGCAAUAAUGUUGAAGGAUCAGUUAUGGAAGGAGAAAAGGGAAUAUAAAUCUAUCAAUUCAAGGAUUAUGUGGAUUAAAAUAAGAGUCAAAUGCAAAAGUGGGUUAUAAUAAGUGUGUAUACACCUGGAGAAGAGAGGAGUGUAGAGGAGAGAGAGAGAUUUUGGGAGAUGUUGAGUGAGUGUGUAGGAACUUUAGAACCAAUUGAGAGAGUAAUUGUGGUAGGGGAUCUAAAUGCUAAAGUAGGAGAAAAGGUUAGAGAGGGUGUGGUAGGUAAGUUUGGGGUGCCAGGUGUAAAUGAUAAUGGGGAGCUUUGUAUAGAAAGAGAUUUGACAAUAAAUAAUACAAAAGGAUAAAUAAUAAGUAUACAAGAUAUAGGGAGUAAUGACAGUAGUUUGUUGGAUUAUGUAUUAGCAGAUUAAAGACUGAUGGGUAGACCUCAGGAUGUGCAUGUUUACAGAGGGGCCACAGAUAUAUCAGAUCACAUUUUAGUUGUAGCUGCAGUGAGAGUAAAAGGUAGAUGGGAUGCAAGAAUAGAGUCAACAAGUAAGAGAGAUGUGAAGGUUUAACUCUUUGAGGGUUUCGGCCGUACUAGUAUGGCUUACGACCCAGGGUUUUUGACGUACUAGUACGCCUAAAUUCUAGCGCCCUCAAAUCUAGUGGGAGAAAGCUGGUAGGCCUACAUAUGAAAGAAUGGGUCUAUGUGGUCAGUGUGCACAGUAUAAAAAAAAUCCUGCAGCACACAGUGCAUAAUGAGAAAAAAAAAAACUUUGACUGUUUUUUUGGA